GUCAUCGGCUUGCAGCAGAAAUGGCGGAGUCGGUGGAAGAAAUGGACGUCUUGGUCCAGAGAGUUGUUAAAGACAUCACUAACGCCCUCAAGAAGAAUCCGAACAUUGAUGAGAUUGGUGUCAUCCCUUGUCCAGAAGCUCGAUACAACCGCAGCCCAAUCAUUUUGGUGGAGAACAAACUGGGUGUUGAGAGCUGGUGUGUCAAGUUUUUGCUCCCAUACGUGCACAACAAGCUGCUGCUCUAUCGUCAGAGGAAACACUGGCUGGACAGAGAGGCUUUAGUGGACAUCACCUGCACCGCCUUGAUGCUCAACCCAGACUUGGCCACAGCAUGGAAUGUCCGGAAGGAGCUGCUGCAGUGUGGAGCUCUAAAUCCAGAGAAGGAUCUUUACCUUGGCAAACUGGCCCUGACUAAGUUUCCCAAGAGCCCAGAGACGUGGAUACACAGACGCUGGGUGCUGCAGCAUGUCUUGAGGUGCUGUUCAGCUGCAGAUGGCAGGAAGCAGCGUCACGCUGAAGCUGAACCAGAAAACGCAGAAAACAGCAUGCAACUCAGUGAGCAGAUGAUGAGGACGUUGCACCAGGAGAUGAAGGUCUGCUGUGAUGCUGCAUGUCGCUAUCCCAGCAACUAUAAUGCCUGGUCCCACCGCAUCUGGGUGCUGCAGCACAUGGCCAAGGGCAAUGUCAAGGUUUUCCUGAACGAGCUCUCUUCCACUCGUCUGUGGGUGUCGAUGCACGUGUCUGACCACAGUGGCUUCCACUAUCGUCAGUACCUGCUCCAGGAGCUGGUGUCAGUCCAGUGUCAGAACCACGGCUGGGCCAGUGAGGAGCUGCCAGCACCUGAGGCUGCGGGCCAGGAAGAAAGGCAGGACGGGCGUGCACAUGUCCUGCAGCUCUUUCACCAGGAGAUGGAGCUGUGCUCUGACCUGAUCCAGUCUUACCCGGGACACGAGGCUCUGUGGAGUCACAGGCGGCAUGUCUUCUUCCUGUGGCACCAGUGGAGGCGGGAGCACCAGGACAGCAGCAGUAACGGCUACAAGGACAGCAUCCACCUCAAGGACGCCCAGAACGGCUCCACCUCCGGCGCCGACCGUGUCGAGAAAGUCAACGGAAUGAAGCACAUCAGCGAAGCUAUGGAACUCGACGCCACUACUCCCGCUAACCUGCACGAUAGCAAGCGUCUAAAGAGGGGGCUCCUGCCGGCUGACCCCUUCUCCCGGUCCUUCGAGAAGCACUUUGUGAGCGAAACCUUGGACAGUUGUCGCAACCCCGAGCAGAGACGAUUCGCCCUGGCGUAUAGCAAGUGGCUGGACAUGGUCCUCGGUCAGGAGCCCUGAGAGAGAGAGCACCUCCUGGUCCAGCAGAGCUACAGCAGAUUUGGAGUCACACUAGUCGGACUGCACUGCCUCAGAAUCAGAAGUGAUCAUUUUAUUGAGCGGCUGGGGUCUUUUGAAUGGACACCCGGAGGACCUGCGACACCGCAGCAUCUUAGUUCAGGUAUCUCAGGUCAAAUUCCUCCUUAGUUACGAAGAGCUGGCGACACUGUUUACUUUACAUGCAUUAACACCUCUUUUGCUGAAUCGCAUCGAUGACCACUUAGGUGUUGUGUUUGAGGGCGGUGGGAAAUAUUUGUUACGUCACACAAACCAGUUGCUCUUUCUUAAUAACUCUGUCUAACUUAAACCAUUUCUUAUGUUACGUCCUUCAUGAUGUUAUUUUAGUGAUAACCGGAACAAGAACGCAAUAAUGAGGUUGAUAUGUGUUUAAAUGUUUUAUUUUGUUAUUAAUGUUAUUAUGACUGUUUUUAGUUAGAGAAGAAAACUGGACCUGAUAGACGACGUACUGACACACCACGAACACUGUGGGUGAGUGGGAGGGGUGUCGCGCUCCCAGACCGCUGGCUCACGAACACGCCGACAUCGCAUUUUCUACAUUUUAUCACAACUUUGUGGAAGAAAUGCUGAGUUCAUUUUAUAGUGGAACCAUCGUGUCGGAUGUUUAUGCUCAGCAGAAGAGGAGUGGACUGGGAUCAGACAGCUCUGAUGAUACUGCAGCUCCUCGACAUGUACACAUCAGUUGUUUAGUAGCAUUUCAAAUUA